CAAAUCAAACUAGGGGAAAAAAAAGGAAAAAGAAAAAGAGAAUUGAAAGAGAGGAGAAAAAGGCUGUCAACACUGAGAAAGAGAAUAACACUCGCCCCCAGCACUUGAUGACGGCUAUUAUUACAAGUAAGCACACAAAUCUGAAGAUUCAUGGAGGUCGAUGGAAAACUCCCUUUUCUGUGGGAUUCAUCAUUCAAGAACCUAAACGAAGAAGAGUGAAUGAUGAGGAAGAAGAGAAAAAGGCUGAAGCAAAAUGAGAAUAGUGUGAAGAGAGAGAGGGUGACAGGCGUCCGAAUGCACCACGUGGCGUUUUCCCGUUGGAUGGCUCAUGGGCUCUCUUCCCACGACAACACAUACCCUUGGCUGCCAUGUCAGUGUGUCUAACCCCCCCACCCACUCUAAGUCCUAAAACCUCGCUGAAUCCACACUUCAUUCUCUCUCUCUCUACAUUUAUUUCGAUUGUCUGCCCCCUAUUCUCUCUCUCUUCCUUCUCGUAUACCUAAUCCCUCUUUGACGGUGCUCGACCGCUCUCUUAUUAAUUUAUUAUUAGUUCAUGUGCCUAAUUAAGCAAAGUGGGUUUUUCGUAUUGUAGGUUUUUAAAUCCAUAAACAAAGUUUGGUAUUAAUUUGUUGUUGCAUGUGGUGAUCUCUGAUGAUAUUAGACCACUCAGUGUUUAUCUCCAGAUCUUAAAUGCAAGACUUGACAUCUAACAAUGAAGGAAAGCUAUUCAGAUACAAAUCAAAACCUUGACAGAAACUGGGUCUUGAAACGUAAACGAAGAAAGCUUCCAUGUGGUACAGAUAAGUCCAGUGGCAGGGAAAAAAAUUCCAAAUCUGGAGAAUAUCCAUCAAGCACUUCAUCCAAACGUGACUUGAAAGAAAAAGUUUCUUCAGAUCAUUCUCAUAGCAAGAAAAAAGGAACUGAUGGGUAUUAUUAUGAGUGCGUAGUCUGUGAUCGUGGUGGAAAUUUGCUGUGUUGUGAUAGCUGUCCCCGUACCUAUCACAUUCAAUGUUUAGAUCCUCCUCUAAAGCGUAUUCCUUCUGGGAAGUGGGAUUGCCCGACCUGCUGUCAGAAGAGUGCUUCAUUGGAGCCUGUGAACUAUCUUGAUCCUGUUACAAAACGACCACGGACAAAAAUUAUCAUUCGAAGAUCAAAAGCUGAAAAUGAAUCAUUUGAAGCUAACAAGGUAUCUGAGGCAUUUGAAGGUCCCAGUUCUGGGAAGAAGAAGUCCUCGGACAAAGAAAACGCGUCCUUGCCUCAUCAUGGAGAAUUGGUUGAAAAGUUUGACUAUUCCUCCAAUGACGAAUGUUGCAUUAACGAAACAGGUAAUCUUGUGCAGGGUGGUUCUUUGGAGGGUAGUUCAUCACAUGCUGGUGUUGAUAGGAAGCUGGAGGUCUCUCUUGCUCACACACUAGUUGAGAAGUUAGUUACUCCCGUUACUCCUGUUAAGGAAAUGUCUUUGUCAAAGAAAAGAAAUUCAAUCGUGGAUGAGGAAGCUUCUGAGAUAAAGCCUGAAGCAUCUCCUGGAAAUGUAUCUCCAGGAAAUGGAUCUGUCAUUGCAAAGGAAGCUCCCACCCGGAUAGCCAGAAAAAGAAAGCAUAAGGUUUAUGCCUUCAGUGAUCAGAAAAAGUGUAAGAGUGACAAGGAAAAAUCGACUGCAUAUUCUUCUGGGAAAGGUGUGUCCAAGUCAAAAGCUGCACGUCCAGGAAUUUCUAAAUCAAAGGGAAAACGUAAGAUAGUUUGCCAUGGGGAUUGUGUAACUCCAUUAAAGCAGGAUGUUGUUGACACCCAACAAAAAAAUGAGAUGAUUUCUGAAGAAGCAGCUUGUGGAACACACGAAUCACGUGAAGCUGAGAAAUUUGCAGUUGAGCCCUUAAUAUGUGAAGAUAAUGCUGCUGAAGUUCAGCAGGUCGAUCGGAUUGUGGGUUGUCGUGUGAAAAAUGGUAAUAUAAAUUCUGCUUGCAAUGUUCUCAUGAUGGACGUGGAUGAACUCCCUUUGGAGGACUCCGUAGUUGCAGAAGAUCUAAAUAAAGUAUCUGGGAAACGCCCCUGCUCUGAAAUGCCUGGGAUAGGCAGAGAAAAGAUUGCAAUGGGUUGUCAGUAUAUUGCUAGCUGUUCCAAUGGGAGCAAGAACAUAACGGAUCACGUGAAUGAAGGUAAGCUACAAGUAUACAGAAGAUCUUCAACCAAAGAAUGUAAAGAACGAAAUUUCAAGGAUUCUAUGAGAGAUAUUGAAGAAUCUAAUGUUCUGAAAAAUAAAAAUCAAGAUAAUAUUUCAGGCCCAGAAAGUACAGCAAAGACUGCCAAGAUAAUCUCAGGAGGCAAGAAGAUUGAUUUUGGCGUGGAAAGUUGUAACCACGACGUCUUAAACAACUGUCAAACUCCCGUUACAGAUGAGAAUGAAAACUCAAAGGAUGGUGAAAUUAAGAUGACAAUGAUGUGUGCUCCUAAAAAGAAAUUUACAAAAUCCUGCUUGGAUGAAUCUGGAUCCUCCGAAGGAUUGACUGUCUCAUUUGAGUUUCUAGUCAAGUGGGUUGGGAAAUCUCACAUCCACAACAGUUGGAUUCCUGAAUCUGAACUGAAAGUUCUAGCAAAACGGAAACUGGAGAAUUACAGGGCAAAGUAUGGGACAUUGACUAUAAAUCUUUGCCAGGAACAGUGGAAGCUGCCUCAGCGAGUGAUUGCUACUCGGUCCUCUCUAUGUGGUUCAACUGAAGUAUAUGUAAAGUGGACAGGUCUUCCUUACGAUGAAUGCACUUGGGAAAGAACCAGUGAACCUGUAAUUGCGAAAUCGCUUCACUUGGUUGAUUUAUUCUUUAAAUUUGAACACCAAACGCUGGAGAAUGAUGGAAAACACGAUUCACAAUGGAGGAAAGGCGACUUCCAACAAAAUGAAGUAAUUACUCUCACUGAGCAGCCUAAAGAGCUAGCAGGAGGUUCUUUGUUUCCUCAUCAGCUGGAAGCAUUAAAUUGGUUGCGUAAAAGCUGGCAUAGAUCAAGAAAUGUGAUACUUGCUGAUGAAAUGGGGCUUGGAAAAACAGUAUCAGCUUGUGCCUUUUUAUCGUCAUUAUAUUUAGAAUUUAAAGCUACUCUGCCUUGUCUGGUUUUGGUUCCUCUAUCCACAAUGCCCAACUGGAUGGGUGAGUUUUCGCUAUGGGCUCCUAACCUCAAUGUGGUGGAAUAUCAUGGGAACGUGAGGGCUCGAACCAUAAUUCGCCAGUAUGAAUGGCAUGCAUCUGAUCCUAAUGGGUUGAAUAAGAAAACGUCAGGUUAUAAGUUCAAUGUUCUUUUAACUACUUAUGAAAUGGUUCUUGCUGAUUCCUCUCAUCUACGUGGAGUUCCCUGGGAAGUUCUUGUGGUUGAUGAGGGGCACCGUCUGAAAAACUCUAGCAGUAAGCUUUUUGGCUUGCUAAACACUUUCUCAUUCCAACAUAGGGUACUGUUGACAGGUACUCCUCUUCAGAACAAUAUAGGGGAGAUGUAUAAUCUUCUAAACUUUCUGCAGCCAGCUUCAUUUCCUUCUCUCUCGUCAUUUGAGGAGAAAUUUAAUGAUCUAACAACUGCCGAAAAGGUAGAGGAACUGAAGAAACUUGUUGCCCCACAUAUGCUUCGUAGGCUUAAAAGGGAUGCCAUGAAGAAUAUCCCCCCAAAGACUGAACGAGUGGUUCCUGUUGAGUUGUCAAGUAUUCAAGCAGAAUAUUAUCGUGCCAUGCUAACAAAGAAUUAUCAGGUGUUACGCAACAUAGGGAAAGGGGUUCCACAGCAGUCAAUGUUAAAUAUUGUGAUGCAGUUACGAAAGAUUUGCAAUCAUCCUUAUCUUAUACCUGGCACUGAGCCUGAAUCUGGAUCGGUGAAUUUCCUUCAUGAAAUGCGAAUAAAAGCUUCAGCCAAGCUAACUUUGCUGCAUUCUAUGCUCAAGGUGUUACACAAAGAAGGUCAUAGAGUCCUUAUCUUUUCACAAAUGACCAAGUUACUCGACAUCCUUGAGGAUUAUGUGUCUAUCGAGUUUGGGGCAAAGACAUACGAGAGAGUUGAUGGCUCUGUAUCUGUGGGAGAUCGACAAGCAGCAAUAACUCGUUUUAACCAAGAUAAGAGUCGAUUCAUAUUCCUUCUCUCAACACGCUCUUGUGGCCUGGGCAUCAACUUGGCAACUGCUGACACUGUCAUUAUCUAUGAUUCUGACUUUAAUCCACAUGCAGACAUCCAAGCCAUGAAUCGGGCACAUCGAAUCGGACAAUCAAACAGGCUUCUGGUAUACAGGCUUGUUGUCCGUGCUAGUGUUGAAGAGCGCAUCUUGCAACUUGCAAAGAAGAAAUUGAUGCUUGAUCAACUUUUUGUGAACAAGUCUGGGUCGCAAAAGGAGGUGGAAGACAUCCUAAAAUGGGGAACUGAAGAACUUUUUUGUGAUUCUUCUACCGCAACAGAAAAAGAUGGUGAAAACCACAACAAUAAAGAUGAAGCAGUUACAGAGCCGAAUGCCAGGAGGAGAACUGGUGGCCUUGGGGAUGUAUACGAAGAUAAAUGUGCAGAUGGUAGCAAUAGGAUUGUGUGGGAUGAAACUUCUAUUUCAAAAUUGCUAGACCGCUCACACGUCCCAUCUGAUUCACCUGAUAAUGCUGAAUCAGAAAUAGAGAAUGAUAUGCUUGGUUCAGUGAAGUCCCUAGAAUGGAAUGAUGAACCAACAGAAGAACAAGAUGGAACAACAUCUGUUUCCGUGGGCACUAGUGCUCCGGGUGCACAGAAUUCUGAUAAAAAGGAUGAUGAUUUGACUGGCAGCAAUGAAGAAACUGAAUGGGACAGGCUUCUGCGAGUUAGAUGGAAGAAAUACCAAAGUGAGGAGGAAGCAGCCCUCGGCCGGGGAAAACGUCAAAGAAAAGCUGUUUCUUACAAGGAAGCAUACGUGGCACACCCCAGUGGAACACUGAGUGAAAGUGUUGCGGAAGAGGAACUGGAGCCCGAACCCAUGCCUGGGAGACAGUACACUCCAGCAGGACAUGCUCUUAAAGCAAAAUAUUCAAAGCUUCGUGCUAGACAAAAGGAACGGCUGACAAAGAGGAAAGCAACUGAAUUAUCUACUUUGAUCAAGGGAUUUUACAGACUAGAGUCACUUCCUCAGUUCUCUCCUCUGCAUGCUAAAGAUGAUAAUCAAAUGACCAUAUCAACUCAGCCUAUCAAAGAGAAGGCUUCAGCCUUGGACUUAGAAAAUAAGAGUCAUGGUCAAACCACAGGACCCAAUAGCAAGACCAACCCGACCAUGAUGCUGGGUAAGAUUAUGGAGCAUAAAUCCAAUGCUGAUUUGGAGCUUCCGGGUAUGUAUAAUCACUCUCCAGACGUUACCCUGUCAAAUGACCAUUUUAAGGGGACAAGCUCCAUGAACACAAUGCACAACUUGUUGCCAGUUUUAGGAUUGUGUGCUCCUAAUGCUCCAAAUUCUAACCAGUUGGAGCCAUUGCAAAGAAAAUUUUCAAGACCAAGACAAUACAAGCAAGGACCUGGGUUGGAUUUGCCGUUACCUGCUACUUGUUCUAGCAUGUUAAACGAGAUGACUGUUAAAGAUAAAGAGGCAGUCUCAGGCAGAUUCAAUUUUCCGGAUAUUUAUUCUGGUGCUUCACUUUCACAACCUAAGAGUGACAUCCCUAAGAAUUAUCUUCCCUUGAAUCCGCAUCCUCUGGAUAUUCUGAGAGGAAAGAGCUCGACGGAGCAUAUAGGAAACUCUGGUGCUACUUUCUCUGGUUUUCGAGAAAGGACUUUGUUGCCCAAAUUACCCUUUGAUGAGAAGCUGCCGAGAUAUUCAUUUCCUAGUGCUAACUUUACCCAUCCAACUCCUGACUUGUUUUCAAGCUUAUCACUAGGAUCUAGUAUUUCAGACCGAAGUAAUUCUGUCCCUGAACUCCUAAAGAUUCCAUUAUUGCCGAAUCUCAAAUUUCCACCAGAUCUUCCCAAUUAUAACCAACAAGAACAGCAAACACAUCCAGGAUUGUGCUCAGAUCCAAUGCCACCAUUUUUUGCAUUUCCUGAAAACCAUCGGAAAGUUCUUCAGAAUAUUAUGAUGAGAACUGGACCUGGCUCCAGCAAUAUGCUGAAAAUGAAACCAAAUGUAGAUAUCUGGUCUGAGGAUGAACUUGAUUAUCUGUGGAUUGGUGUUCGUAGACAUGGAAGGGGAAAGUGGGAUUCAAUGCUACGAGAUCCAAGGCUAAAGUUUUCGAAGUUCAAAACCGCUGAAGAUUUGUCAUCAAGAUGGGAAGCAGAACAAGUUAAGAUCUUGGAUGGACUAGCAUUACCUGGACCAAAGUCUGUCAGGCCCCCAAAGUCCCCGAAUUCAUUCAUAUUUUCUGGGAUAUCUGAUGGAUUGAUGGCACGGGCAUUGCACGGAACUAUCUCUGAUGGAAUGAUGGCUCAUGCAUUGCCUGGAAUUAGCUCUGAUGGAAUGAUGGCGGGGGGAUUGCACGGAACUAAAUGUGAUGGGUCACUGAAAUCCCACUCCGGCAUUACAGAGAUGAAAUUGGGUCUUGGUGAUCUGCCUGCUAGUUUGACACAUCUGGAAUCAUCUGAUACUCUUCCAACUUGGAUUGCAGAUAAGUUCCCUGCAAAGUUGUCCAGAGACUACUCUGCAGGACCUGCUGAUGGAUUAGUUCUUUCCUCAAGCAUACCAGAAUCGCCAUUUCUGUUGAACUCAUCAGGAACUAGUAGAUUUCAUUCUCUUGGUUUGAAUUGUUCAGACAGAUUUAAGUUACAGCACAUGGAGAGACAAAGUGAUGCAACUAGAUUAGGUUUAUUGCCUGGUCCUGGUAACAUGGGAUGCAGUGAGCAUAAUAGUUCUCUGGUUGCCAGUUGUAACAGGGACCAGAAGGUUCCACAAUCUAAAGGAAAAGAAGUGGUUGCUACAUGUACUCCAAAAGAAAAGCUGCCUCAUUGGCUUCGAGAAGCAGUAGAUGCUCCUGGUAAAACUCCUGAACCUGAUCUGCCACCGACUCUCUCUGCAAUAUCACAAUCUGUUUGUGUCUUAUAUGGGGAAGAGUCCUCCAAAAUUCCCCCAUUUAUUGAGCCAGGACUGCCUCCCCCACAGCCACAGGAUCCUCGAGGCAGUUUGAAGAAGAGGAGGAGGAGGAGGAGGAGGAGGAGUAGAUCACAUGCAGCUAAUCAAGAGUCUCAAAUCAGUAACUGUCAAGCUAGCCACCCUGGAGAACGUGUUGGUUCAUCAUCUAUUCCCCUAGAGGCAGCCUUCCCUCUGCCUCCAAACUCGAGUGACGUGGUUUCAGGAGUCCCAAAGAUUGAGCCCAACCUCAACAUACCUUCUCUCAAUCCAAAAAUGACUAGUCUUUCAUCUUCGUCUGGGCUGACUCCAAUCAAGAAAGUGACUGCAGGAUUAUCCCCUUCACCUGAAGUCCUUGAAUUGAUCUCUUCCUGUGUCGCACCAGGUCCACCACCUGCAACACACUCAGACUUAACUGACAGCUUGCUCCAUUUGCAAAAUUCUGUUGAUCAAGGAAGCUCGGAACCCCAAGAUGUGUGUGUGGAACACAAGUCAAACCAGAAGUCACCUGCUGUAGAAGAGCAGACAGGAAGUGGUGAUUCCAGCAAAACGCUGUCUGAUCCUGUUCACCCCGAACAGCCAGAUGGAGAGGAGGUGUCUUCAGACGGGACAAUAGCAGUUCAACCUGUAAGCAACCAUGAACCAUUGACAGAUGUGGGGAGUUGAUUGGGAAACAGGUUUUCUUCUCAAAGUACCAAUGUUCCUGAUAAUUAGCUAUUUUGCCCAGUUUUGUAGUGCUUGUGAUUGUUGAACUUAUUAUGUAACAUUUUGUUAGAUAAUAUGAAAUGCAGAAUGUAGCUCAAUAUUAUUGUAGCACAAAAUAAAAAAAUGUUAACUCUUGUCCGACGCCA